CGGCAUUAGUUUCUUUUUUUUUCAAAUCUAUUUUCAUAUUUAUUAUUUUUGUUCGUAAGUUUUCCAAUUGUUCCAAAUUGACCGCUUUAAAAUUCUGAGUCCUAAACAAACAAUGUUUGUGCGCGCAAAAAACGAAAAAAUAUCUUCAAAACCGACGGAGUAUCAAAGCGAAUGGACAAUGCCGAACGUGGUGAAUAAAGCCAAACCGAGCCUAUUGAUGAAAAUGGAAAAAGAAAAUGAGAACAAGGAUUUGCGGCGAAAGUUGAAGAGUCUCAAUAAAGUGACUGCAGUAACCUUUCGUUCGCUCUCAGAGCGGUCACCAGGACUGGCGAACAAAGAAACUGUCUGGGAUCGUUUGAGCCGCGUCAAGAAGAGCGCUAGUAAUGAGGGCAAUUUCCUGUUAGGCUCCAAAAGCCGCACGCUAAUACCGACAGCGAAGAGUACACAACGCCUACAACAGCAACAACGCGCGGCGUCGCAACGUGCAAAUAAAAAACCCUUAACGCCGAACACAAAUCUCAACAAACGCGUAACGGAGAAGAAAUCUGUUCGAAGAAUCAAGAGCAAAGCAACGUAUUUACAUGAUUUCGAUUUGGAUGAGAACGCUUUUAAUUGUAAGCGCAUUAAGGAGAUACUAACAGCGCGCAGUAUUUGCAAUUCGAAGACUUCUUCGGAGGAAUGCUCGCUGAAGCAGGUGUCGGCGCGUUCGGAGAACGUUAAUUGCUUGCUGAAUGAUCAGCUCAACACCGACUAUGAUUUCGAGGACUCCGAAAUGGAGAAGCAAAUAGAAUCACAGGAUUCUUUGGAUGAUUUUGUGAUUGCGCCACUGAUGGCAGUGCCCACCACAGAUUCGUUGAAUAUGAGCGCGACAAUUUCGUCGAAUUUCCGUUGUCUACUGGACUGUAGACAGAAAAAUAUGGCGCCCGAUGAGAUAGCCACGAUAAAGAAUGUGGUGAAAACGGAUGAGCGACAUCGUCAACUGCAGCCUAACGACUCCAUACUUUUCAAAGAGAUACUCAAAACACAGUUGAAGGAGAUCAUACGUCAGGAGACGGUUGUGAAGUCGGCGUUGCAUAAUCUAAACGAUCAUCCGGUGGUGAGUUCACCAACGACUGUAGCCAUACACAAGCCAGUUAUAACGCUGGAUGUGGAGCCCAAAAAACAACAGGUCGAUGUGAUAUUCAAGAAUGUGCCCACACUUGAGAAAGAGAUCAUCAUUUUGAAGGCGUUGGGUGAGAAAUUAGAAGCCACCUUGAAGCGCACCGUCUCACAGGGUGAUAUCAAGCUGCAGGAACUGAAUAAGCUUGCCACAACGCUCGAAACAAAGUGGCACGUCAGUCACCCCGAUAAUUUCCAAUAUGCCUGCAAAGAGUUUCUCUCGAUGGGUGUGCGUCGUUGCAUCGGCAUUGUGCAGGAGUUUCGCAUGGAGCACAAGACUAUUGUGGAGCUUAAAGAGCAAGCUAGUCAUCACUUUUAUCUACCCUCCAACAAAGACAGCACCGAACUGAAGCGCACUUCCUUUAAGCGUCUCAAGGAGAACCCCGAUUUACUGAUGCGUUACCUGAAACCGAAGAGCACACUCGUGCCGUUCAAUGUGCUGGAGCAGGACCCCUGUUUCUUCAAUAGUUUCCUUUAUAGUCCCUGUGUUAUAGGCAGUUUGGAGGGCUCGGUGUCACAACAAAAAGAUUUGCGCACUGCAGAGCCUGUACCGAAGACAUCUUCAAAGGAAGCUGGCGAUAGCGCUCGUAGCGCACGUGUACCUUACAAGUAUGAGAAGGAGCCAUUGAAGAUCGAGGAGAUACAGUGUACGUUAAAUGAUGCGCUCUACAAUGCACAACAACAGCGUCCGGAAGGGUCAGUAGUGGCGGCAGAAAUUUCCACGACUUUAGAGGAAAGAGCGGUGAACACCUCACGCAUACGCAUAUGUUUGUGUGAAGCACCGAUACGUGGACAUAAACGUCGACGCAUACGUCGGCAUCAUACGCCAUUGUCACCGGCGAGUAACCCGGAUCCGAAGAAUAACAUUUUCAAGACCAUACUCGUGGGCAGCGUACAAAUAUCCGUGUUUCUUCUACUCAUCAUGGCCAUUACAUAUCCGGAUGUCAGAUGUUGAGGUGCUGGGGAGUUAGCUGCCUGUAGCAAUCAAGCGCAUUUAUCAUUUCUCUCUUGCUAUCUCGUUCUCGUAGUACUAGUGAAUUCUUUAUUUGUAUUGCUUAGUUAGUGCUUUUCGCUCGUUUGUUCGUAUUUUUACAUGUAUUUCGAAAUAAUUC